AUGGCAAACGCAUACCUACAGGGGGUUGAGAUCUCCGCCUCGCAGUUCCUGGAUAUCUUUCAUCAUUAUGACAACGACGGUAAUGGAUAUAUCGAGGGAAAGGAGUUGCAGAACUUUAUUAAAGAACUUCAGCAAGCACGGAAACAAGCGGGGCUCGAGUUAACAGACCAGAUGAAAGCCUUUGUGGAGGAGUAUGAGAAGAACACGGAUGGCAAGAUAGGGAUCGUGGAGCUAGUGCAGAUUUUGCCCACAGAGGAGAACUUUUUACUAUUUUUCCGGCAACAGCUGAAGUCAUGUACAGAAUUCAUGCAGGCCUGGAGGAGUUACGAUGCCGAUCACAGUGGAUACAUCGAGGCCGAUGAACUCAAGAACUUUUUAAAAGACCUGCUGCAGAGGGCGAAGAAGCCGUACGAUGAGAAGAAGUUGGAUGAGUACACAGUAACUACGCUGAAAAUAUUUGACUCCAAUCGUGAUGGAAAGUUGGGUCUUACUGAGAUGGCAAGGCUGCUGCCAGAUGAAGAGAACUUCUUACUCAAGUUUCAGAACGUGAAGAUGGACAGAAAAGAGUUCAACAAGGUCUUUGAGAUAUACGAUAUGGACAGAAAUGGCUACAUGGAUGAAAACGAGCUUGACGCCCUGCUGAAAGACCUGUGUGAAAAAAAUAAAAAGGUGCUGGAAGUCAGCAAAAUCCCCACGUAUAAGAAAGCCAUCAUGGCUCUGUCUGACGGAGGGAAGCUGUACAGAACAGAGUUAGCACUUGUCUUGUGUGCCGAUUGUGUCUGA